GCCUUUAGCCUUUAGUGACAGCUGACAGCCAUCAUUCUAGGCCAGGCCCCUCACAUUUCUUAUCAGUCGGGCGAAUGAUUGCAUGUCGGUGGCACUCCUCUCUCUUGGAAACUUCAGCUUCUGUGACUCGUACUUUUCAUGGAUUAGUGGUGUUUUCGACGAAAGCGUUGUUUUUUCUUGUUAAUUAACCAUGGAAGGAGAUCCCUCCGCGUGUGCUAUUUGUUUUGAGCCAUAUGAUUCCUCCCCAGUACUAAGACUCCCCAAAGUAACUGAUUGCGGACAUACUUUCUGUUUGGAAUGUCUGCAGAAAGCGCAAAGCAUUUGCCCCAACUGUCGUCAGAGAAUUCCUAAAAGACCAGAAGAUCUGACAACUGUCUUUGCUUUAAUCAGCAGUGGAACUUCAGAAAACAAGUAUUGUCAUACAUGUAAGAAAGUUGCAGUGCGCCAAUGCCAAUUAGACCGUCAUCGUGUUCAGAACCUAAAGCCUUACUUGCAACAAAAGGUAAAGGCCCCUGUUGAAGCCCUGAAAGCAUAUAGAGCUGUCCUUGAGAAUGUCACUCCCUAUAUGCUUCAAAUGCAAGAAGUUGCUAGAGACCAGCUCCAUGAAGUUAUGGCAGAGGGAGAUCUGUGUAAAGAACUGUCGAAGGACCUUGACAAAUGUGCUGAGGAAGAAAAGUCCAGUCCGUUCACUUCCAUUUGCUGAGCAUGAUGCCAAACAUCAAGAACAUCAAGGUGGUCGCGAACGACGGCCGCCUUGCGGAAUUCCCUCCGCAACCAGCCGGCCGCGGGCUCAAAUCGCUGUACGUUCAUCUUCCUGUUAUGGUACAGCUGUCCAUGUGGAAGGGGUUCGCCUCCUCCGUGCAGACCGUGACGAUCCGCAUUGAGGCGGCUGGCGUUGUGGACCUGCACCUGAGCCUUAAGCCGUGCGUGGACAUGUCCCAGAGGCUAAACAGCAUACAUCUGCACCGCAAAGACCCCAAUCUGCACACAAAGGUCGAUUGCGACAAGCAGAUAGAUCGCGUACGACAAGUUGUGCCGGAUUCGGUACGCGUCACCUGCAACAUCUGCCGCCAUACUGAUUUGUUAUGAGAAAAGGGCAUCAGCCAUAACCAUUAUCUUCAAAAUAAGAGCUACAAUACAGGGUGGUCCACAGACCCCUUCCUUUAUAUUGCUUAUACUGUGCCGGAUGCAGGCAUGCGGACGGGUUGCAUACUCGCAUGGGGCCGUAAGGCGCCGCGGUGGAGCGACGGCAGGCAAGCUCACCCGCACGCCCACAUUUGGUACAGUAUAAGCAAAAUAAAGGAAGGGGUCUGUGGACCACCCUGUACGUUAAAAAUAGGUUCAAAAUACCGGG